AUGGUGAAGAUGAAACUAGUAAAGUUGGUACCUUUGGUUCUUGCUUUUGUAUUGCUUAUGAGUCUUAGAUCAUCUGCUUCAUUCACUCCUAUCGAUAACUACUUAAUUGCUUGCGGUUCUUCGAAAAGCAUCACAUUUCAAGGUCGAACCUUUGUUCCUGAUACACAACAAUCUUCCCUUGUACUAAAAAGUGCAAAUUCUGUAGUUGCUAGCUCCAAUUCUACUGUCCCUUCUCCAAUUUACCAAUCUGCUCGAGUUUUCAAGGCAGCAGCAUCUUACAAAUUCAAAAUCCAGCAAGAAGGCCGGCAUUGGGUCCGCCUUUAUUUUUACCCUCUUACAAGUCCUGGCCAAAACUUGGAGUCUGCUCAAUUAACUGUUGUUACUAAUAAUUUUGUACUCUUGACCAACUUCACUUUCAAGAACUAUAAUGGUUCUUAUCUGUUCAAGGAGUAUGCAAUCAAUGUAACUUCAGAUACCUUGACUCUCACCCUCAUUCCUUCAAACAAUUCAGUUGCUUUUGUUAAUGCAAUUGAAGUUGUAUCUAUCCCGGAUGCACUGCUCUCUGACCAGGCAUAUGCUGUGAAUCCAUCUGCUCCUUUUAGUGGCCUUUCUGACCUUGCCCUUCAAACAGUUUACCGGUUAAACAUGGGGGGUCCUUUGCUCACUGCUCAAAACGAUACCCUUGGAAGAACUUGGGAGAAUGAUCUGAAAUACCUUCAUGUGGACAGUUCUGCAGUGAAUGUAUCAGUCAACCCUGCGAGCAUUAAAUAUCCACAGGCUGUCACAGCCGAAAUCGCACCAAAUUGGGUCUAUGCGACUGCCGAAGCCAUGGGAAAUGCAAAUGUGCCCAAUGUGAACUUCAACAUAACUUGGGUCCUUACGGUUGAUCCAAAUUUCUUGUAUCUUGUUCGGGUGCAUUUCUGUGAUAUUGUCAGCAAGGCUCUGAAUAGUCUUGUUUUCAAUGUUUUCGUGAAUUCUGACAAUGUGCUCUCGAGUCUUGACCUCUCUUCCAUUACUGGUGACUUGGGUGUGCCUUAUUACAAAGACUUUGUGUCCAACUCCUCAGCAGGAACUUUGACUGUCAGUGUUGGUCCAGAUUCAAUGGCGGAUAUCACUAAUGCAAUUCUGAAUGGGUUGGAGGUCAUGAAGAUCAGCAAUGAGUUGGGGAGCUUGGAUGGGUCUCUAUCAGUGGGGAAUAUCCUUCCUAGUUCACCCUCGAAGAAGAAUAAUAUAAGAAUCAUAGUUGGUUGUGCUGUAGGAGCUGUAUCUGUUAUGGCAAUUAUUGGUCUCUUUUAUUGCUGCUUGGCAUUCCGCAAGUCAAAGAGUACUAACCAAGGGACAUGGCUGCCUUUGCCUUUGUAUGGAAAUUCUCAGACCAUGACAAAAAUGUCCACAACUUCACAAAAGAGUAACACAGCAAGCUGCAUUUCAUUAGCUUCCUCCAAUCUUGGCCGCUUCUUCAUGUUCCAGGAAAUUCUGGAUGCAACCAACAAGUUUGAUGAGAGCCUACUUCUUGGAGUUGGUGGUUUUGGUAGGGUUUACCAGGGAACACUUGAAGACGGGACAAAAGUAGCUGUUAAAAGAGGAAACCCAAGAUCUGAACAAGGUCUUGCUGAAUUCCGAACAGAAAUUGAAAUGUUAUCUAAGCUCCGCCAUCGCCACCUUGUGUCUCUGAUUGGCUAUUGUGAUGAAAGGUCAGAAAUGAUUCUGGUCUAUGAGUACAUGGCCAAUGGACCCCUCAGGAGCCAUUUGUAUGGAACAGAUCUCCCAACCCUAUCAUGGAAGCUACGGCUCGAAAUCUGCAUUGGGGCUGCAAAGGGGCUCCAUUAUCUCCACACUGGUGCAGCUCAAAGCAUAAUUCACCGAGAUGUCAAGACAACCAAUAUUCUCUUGGAUGAGAACUUUGUAGCCAAAGUUGCUGAUUUUGGCCUCUCAAAAACAGGUCCAGCUCUAGAUCAGACCCAUGUGAGUACAGCUGUUAAGGGUAGUUUUGGUUACCUUGAUCCUGAAUACUUUAGAAGGCAACAGCUCACGGAAAAAUCAGAUGUGUAUUCAUUUGGGGUAGUUCUAAUGGAAGUUCUGUGCACAAGACCUGCUUUGAAUCCUGUUCUUCCCAGGGAGCAGGUCAACAUAGCAGAAUGGGCGAUGACCUGGCAAAAGAAGGGCAUGCUAGACCAAAUCAUGGACCCAAAUCUGGUAGGGAAGGUAAAUCCAUCUUCUCUUAAGAAGUUUGGGGAGACAGCUGAGAAGUGCCUUGCUGAGUAUGGUGUUGACAGGCCAUCAAUGGGAGAUGUCUUGUGGAAUCUUGAAUAUGCUCUUCAGCUUGAGGAAACGUCAUCUGCACUCAUGGAACCUGAAGAUAACAGCACAAACCACAUACCUGGUAUCCAAUUAACCCCACUUGAGCCAUUUGAUAACAGUGUGAGCAUGAUUGAUGGGGGGCACUCUUGCACAGAUGACGAUGCAGAAGAUGCUGCCACAAGUGCUGUGUUUUCUCAGCUUGUUAAUCCUCGCGGAAGAUGA